AUGGUCUCGCUGGCCUCAGGAGUGAAGCUGCAGACCUUUGCGCCCUUAGGCGGAUGGGACCGGUUGCUGCGGCACAGGGGCGGUGCCCUUCAGGGAGGCGCGCAGGAGCCCAUCUUGGGGGAGCUGGGGCAUGGCGGGCUGCAGGUCCCAGCCCUACCCCAUGGGGAGGCGGCUGAGGCCCAGCGAGAAUUCGAGCACCGCGCACGAGGGACGGCAGUGCUGGGGGACCGGGCGCCCCCUCCGCAGCUGCUGGCCUGGGUGCUAAGCCCCUCACUGCCCGGGGCUGGCGGCGAUGGAGGGCGGCUCCGAGUGAGUGCGGGGCGCGGAGCCCCACGCCCACCUGGAACUCACGCUGGCCCGCGAGCGCUGCGCGCAGCCCCAGUUCCCGCCUGCGUCUCUGCCUCCACACCUCCACGUACGCAGAGGGGGCCGGCUCCAGCCUUGGCCAGCCCAGAGAAGGGCGUCCCACAGUGCAGCGGCGGGCUGAAGGGCUCCUCAAGCCUGGCCAGAGCGGACGCCGAGGCCGAGGAGGCGCUGAGAACGAGCGAGGGCCGCCAGCACGUUGUCACCUCUCAAGAAUUUAUGGCUGAGGCUUCUAUGACAACGGACAGAUUAACUAGAGGAAAGCACACACCAAACAGGAGCCUUCAGAAAUGAAGACUCAAAGACACAGGUAAACUUGUGUAUUUUUGUAC